UCUUUUGCUGUAUCAAACAGAGAUGGAGGAGGGGGUGUAGUGGGCAGCCAGUGUGAUGGACCGUACAACAGGACUAGAAAAGAAAGCUCAGGCAGAGGAGCGAGUGAGGAGGAUCUCCUCAGAGCUGCACUGUGAGAUUUUGGACCUGAGUGGAGGAGAGAAUAUCACAGAGCUGUGCAAAAGGAAAAAGAAGAUCAAGAAAACAUACUCGCCCAGGGUGUCUGUGGAAAUCCCUGUGACGGGGCCCAUGGAUACUGCAGAAUUCAUGAACGCAGCAAGUCAAGGCAAACUGACUGUAAUAGACAAGUAUCUGGUUGAUGGUGGGAACCCAAAUGUCCAUGAUGAGUUGAAGAGGACAGCGCUGCACCGGGCCUCUCUGGACGGACACACGGCAGUUGUCCAAACGCUUUUAGAAAAAGGAGCCGAUAUCAACUUUAAAGAUCAACUGGGCUCCAGGGCCAUACAUUGGGCCUGCAGAGGGGGAAGCCUGGGAGUUGUCAAAGCCCUGCAGAGCCACGGGGCUGACCUGAAUGUUAGAGAUAAGCUGUACAGCACUCCUCUGCAUGUGGCCACUAGAACGGGCCACACAGCCAUCGUGGAGUACCUCCUGUCCUGUGGUGCCAAAAUCAACUCCAGGGACAGGGAAGGGGACACAGCCCUGCAUGAUGCCGUGCGUCUCAACAGAUACAAGAUAGUGAAGCUGCUCAUAGCUGCAGGGGCUGACACGAAAAUAAAAAAUCAUGAGGGAGUAACUGCAGUACAGCAGGUAAAACAAUGGCAGUCUGACAUCAUGGAGACCCUGCAGAGCCUGGAGAAGCCGAGGGAGGUGGGACCUGAAAACACCUUGAGAGAGGAGUGAACA